UAUACCGGUCUGUGUCGACCUCGUUGCUGUACAAAGUAGCUUGCUUGUUACGCGUUCGCCAUCUCCCCGACGACAAUUUUUCACAAUUGAUAAUUACCACACUGUGAGAGAAAGGAACGAGAAUUAUUUAAUUCCGAACUGCGUAUUCUGAUCCGUAUUUUUUUUUUCCUGAUAUCGAGAACGAAAUAUCGAGAAUAUGAAAAUUAUCCUCAGCAUUUAAAAAAAAAAAAAAAAAUCAAGAGCAACUCUCAAAUCCUUUCAUAUUUAAUCAUAGAUAAUCGCGAUGAAAGAAGUCGUGUGAAAACGAAAGCAAGUUUUGUCGAAGGUGCAUGUCUGCUAUCCGAGAAAAAAGGGUCACGAUAUCUGUGUUUAACCAUACUUUGGCUCAGCAUACGUACACAGUCGGAUAAGUAGCGAGCGAUUACACGCGCUAAGUGUAAAAAUACAAACGAUUCAAGCAGUGGCUCGAAAUGUGCAGAAUAAAAUGAACAUAUAAAUGUUUCGCGCGGGAUUUUCUCCCAUCUUUAAAGAAAAAAGAAGAAGAAGAAUUGGAAAUCGCGGUGUUGACAAGACGUGUGUCCAUCGGUAAAUCAUUGACCGGGCACACACAAGUUGGUCACGAGCGAUGACAUGUUUCGUAGCCCCCUAUCAGGACGAGUCUAUUAAAUCUGCAACAGGACGGAAUGUCUGCCACGGUCAUUACCAUUCCGCCAAGUCGCUUUUAAUUGUCUGGAUACAUUCCCGAACAAAAUCGUCGAAUUGAACAGCUUCGUGAACGAGUACAUGCCGGAAUCUGUGAAAAAUAACAAAUACGAUGACACCAUCCCCAUCGAGGGUAAAGUCAAGUGUCAAUCGACCAUAUCCACCUCGAAAAACUGCGAUCUAAACAGUAUUUCGGACUAUGGCGUUUCGAGUUACUAUUCUCUGUCGAUGUGUGAUCGCAGUCGAUCCCGACACGGUAUUUGCAAAAGGAAAUACUAUCGAUCCCGAGGCAUAACUGGUUGCAACGUGCGUCGAAGGCCAGGACCACUUGGACAACUGUUGGCAUUUUUAUUCAGCACACUGGCCACGUGCACGAAAAAGAUCGUCAUAGCUCCGUCCCAGUACAUCGUGGACAACAUAAUCCCGACGUUCUUCCAAAGGCGAGAAUUGAAGAACGCGCAAUGCGGACCUUCGUCUAAUUGGAGUAGCUCCCUUUCCACUUACGUGACCACGUUAAAGAAAGACACGACGGUGAUCGGGAAGCUGAUCGAUAUUAUGAGGCCCGCUGUGGUGAAACUCAUCACCGACACAACGAUCUUGAAACGAUGGCUCCAAGCGAUCGCGUUGGCCACCGCGUCGCCCCCCAUCGAACUAACCAAUGCGACCCGCAACACCGAGACCAUCGAUUGUUGGGCAUACGAGCUGUUCUUUCAUCUCAAGUACCUUCAAGUGAAUCGCGCGCGGCGGACCACCGACAAAGUGAUAGCCGAGGCCGAGUCGAAAUCGAACGACGUGAUCCACGCAAACCUGUGGCACCGUUUGGUACAGCUUCGCGAUAAUUAUAUCAUUCUGUACGAAACUUUGCAGAACUACGAUAAAAUUCGCGGCAUCGAGUCGGAGAAACAGAAAGAGUAACGCGAGAAAAUUUAACUCGCGUAACUGUCGAGAGAAUAUAUAUAUAUAUUUAUAUAUAUAUAUAUAUACACGCUAUAGUCGGCUCAAUGCAAUUCCGUUUAAAUUUCCAUCGAAUAAAAGCAACGUAGAACGUUCUAAUUCUCUCGCAGUUUUCCAAGGUACGUUAACGCAAGCUGUAACGCCAGUAGUUUCUAGUCGAGUAGAGAAGGGCCGCCGGUCGAGACUCUCGGCCGUUUGUUUCGACACGAUUGAACCGACAUGGCACGCUAUUGUAUAAUCUAACAUUUAAACCUCGUGCCGAGGAAGGGAACACGCCGGACAGGCGUUCGGGAAUUUUUAUUUCACCGAGAUUGCACCACACGACCCGCAAUCACCUUCUAUCGAGAUCCAUUUUUCCACUCGAGCAAACUGGCGCGACCUACUUUGCCGGGUGAAAAAAUUGUAAAAACCGUUGGUUCUUUUUUUUCUCUUUUUUACCCCGGCCGAUAGGCACACUUGGUUGCAAACAAUUGAUAUACGUUUGUACGUUAUUCGCGGGAUUAACAGUUUCAGUAACAAUUUCGAUUGUAGAGUAUUUUUAACAAUACAGAAAGAGAGAAUGCGAAAACUUAAGUGAAUAGAGAAAUUUUUCGUCCGCCGAAACGACUUACGAUCAUCUUUUCACCAUGAAAAUAUGAUUUUACGUAAGAAAGCAGAAGCACCGAGGGAUAAUUAAUCGACGUAAGGAAAUUACGUUUUUAGUUAGAUCCGUUAAAUUCGAGCGUAAGUUACAAUUGUCGACGUAAGUGCAAGAUUAAAAUUCAUCUCGAUUCUUUAACACGUUCGAGAUGGCAGGAAAAAGCGUGAUCGACAUUGAUUCUCGAUAAAUAUAAUGGAAUAUUUACUUUAUAACUCGAAAAACGUUUCUUUAAAAUUCUGUCUUUAAUGAUGCCUCUAUAAUAACUUCCUGGAAUUUGUGCUUAUGCACUCUCUUAUUCACUCUCUAGAAGCACUUAGCAGUACUUGGAAACUACUUACGUAUCUGGAAAUAACUUUAUAACACGCGACGACACUUUUAAAUCUUCUGAAAACAGAAAAGUUUGGAAAACGUGAGAUUUCCAAUAAUUCAAUAUCUUUAUGAAACACUUUUCACUAAUCUCGAAUGUGUUAAUCAUCGUUCUUUUCAUCGUGCUUUCAUUGUAAUCACUCGACACGAAAUACAGGUAAUGAAACGUAAUAAGCUAGAAGGCGCAGUGGAUUUAUAAGUAUCCAGCCGAUUCUUCUAUUCCCACGAUAAAGAUACGGAGGCAAGUCUUUCCCUCGAAGUCGAGGGAGUGUCGGUAAACAUCACGAUAAUUGUACGAUCAUGGAGAAAAAGGAGUCAUCGAAAAAGAGGUUAUAUCGCUCCGGACGCGAGACUUUGGAAUGGAAAUCCGAAUCUAGAAAGCGUUGAACGAUUCUUCGGAAGAAGGAGAAAUGAGAAACUGUCAUCUUCGAAUCGAUGCAUUCUUAAAUGAUUUUUUAAAUCGAAUCGAGCCCGAGUCCAAGAUACAAAUCGAUAAAUGUCACUGGCAAGACCGAUCGCAAGACCGAACGUGAUCGCCAACUCGAUGGCACGAGCAUCACGAUCGACUCGAUGAGAUUAACACGAGUUCGCAAAGCGAUUCCCGCGAUAUUGACUAUGAUGAAUACAACUGUCAAUCGUCCAGACGCUCGUGAAACAACUCUCGUAGAUGUUAUUGCGCUAUUAAUAUCGAGAUAUAGGCGGUAUUAAUCCUUUGCCGAUCGAUUUUAAUACAGAAAUGCGGAAUAAAGUUUCAGUGACAAAAAUUAA